AUGGCAGCCCAUCUCCAGAGUUUCGGAGAGUGGCAGAUCCAGAAGGACAUCAUUUACCUAGACAAUGGUGCCUUCGGAUCAUGUCCAAAAUCCGUCGUCGAGAAGCAGAAAAACAUUCGGCAACGCAUUGAAGAAAAUCCCCAUGAGUUCUUCGAAAGAUCAUACGUCUCCGGCUUGGAGGCCAGUCGACGCUCUCUGGCUGACUUCCUACACGUCGAUUAUCGGGACAUCUUUCUACUUCCUGGCGCAACUCACGCCAUGAACGUGGUCAUUCAGAGUCUGCGAUUCGAUCCAGAUGAUGAGAUAUUGACUACGAACGUCGCUUACAGCUCUGUGCGUAUGGUGCUUGACCAUGUUGCCAAGAGGGACGGCGCUCAUAUCGUUGUCGUCGACGUGCCUCUACUAGUCACAGGCCCCGAAGACGUGAUGCAGCGUAUCCUUGCUGGUGUCACGCCUCGCACGCGUUUUGCAGUCAUCGACCACAUUCCAAGCCGAACUGGUCUCGUGCUUCCAGCAAAAAGAAUCGUCAAGGAGCUUGAGUCCCGCGGUAUUGACACCCUGGUCGACGGAGCACAUGCGCCUGGCAUGAUUCAAUUGGAUCUUAAGGAUAUCAAUGCCGCGUACUACGUCGCCAACUGUCACAAAUGGAUGUGCGCGCCACGAGGAAUUGGCUUCCUCCACGUUCGCCGGGACCGCGGUCAGAACAUCAAGCCGUUGGUAAUUGCCAGGUCGCCGUAUGUCGUUGGCAAGUCCAAGCACUCUGUGCUCGAACACAGUUUCGGAUGGAUGGGGACCUAUUGCCCCUCUGCAAUGCUCUCCCUUCCCUCCGCUAUCGAUCAUCUCGACAAGGUGAUGCCGGGCGGGUACGUCGGCUUGACGAGUCGUAACCAUGACCUGGCCGUUUUAGCCCGGAGAAUUGUCUGCAAGGCUGUCGGCGUAGAUAUUCCGUGCCCGGACAGUAUGAUCGCUGCUAUGGCGACUAUACCGCUCCCAGACUCUCCAGGGCCUGAGCAGGAGGGUAUGCUUCCCAUUCAGCAAGCUCUAUGGAAGGAACAUGGCAUUGUAAUUCCGGUUUACUCUUGGCCUUCAUACCCUAAGCGGGUGAUCCGUUUGUCGGUGCAGGCUUAUAAUACGUUGGAUCAAUACCUCAAGCUAGCCGACUGUUUACGUAUCGUGCUGCACAAUGAGCGAACGUCAUUCUCGCUUGCCUCUGUUGGCUCCGUUGAACUUCCGACACCCCCUUACACAAGGAGACAAAGUGGCGACUCUGCGUACUCUUCCUCAUCAGAGUUUCACCUAGCAUGCGGAUGCUCCAGUUCUGGAACCAAGAGCUUGAGUGCGGGAUAUGGUGUGCCUAGACCGCCGUACCAAGACAUUGAGAAACCAACCUUGGCCAUGCUCUGUAACCUCGCUGAAUCAAGAUUACUGAGGAUCUUACAUGGGACGUUCUCCUUCGAUCCUGUUUCCUUGUUUCCCACUGCUGGAGCUUGCGAGGUGGCACUCACCUCGGCCAGUGAGUUCCAGAAACAUGCAAACUUAGAGACCUCAAAAAUGGCCUACAUGCUGUCUUGCAUUUCACGGCGCAGAAUUCCAGAGAUAAUGGCUUCUUCUGUAUCGCAUCUGCUUGAGACUGAAGACAUAAUUGAGAAUUGGCCUCUGCCAAUGAACACGCUCAAGAACCAGUCUCAGGUACUCAGUCGAGCAGUCACUUUUCAGAUGAACGCUCCUAGAGCGCCUGCCAACUUCACGGUCGAUCGCAAUGAGUUUGUCAGUCGAGUUGUGCCGUACGAGACGGAAAGCCACAAAGAGAACCUCAGUCUGAAGUUCUGGGACCGUGCUCUGGCAGACUUCACGACCAAAGGAAGAUGGUCUCCAGAUCGAAUUGCAUCUUUCUUGCAGAUACAUGCGUUUUUGAGGGAUCCUGUUUGUGGACUGCGCCACAACUUUGAAUCCCAGAGAGAUAACUUCCUGAAACUGCUCAACAACUUGACGAAGGAGCUGGAAAAGUCGAGCCAGACUAUACGCGAAGAUAUUGCAGCGCAGUUGGCAGCCGAGUCUUCAUUCCUUUCGCAACCUCUGAUCAGUAAUGCAAGCUACGUUCAUUUUUCGGAGGAUCAGCAACUCGUAUACUCGUACGUUGACAUUUCCGAUAUGGCACGAUCUGAGUUCUCUUGUCCAGAAAUUGUGAUUGGCAUGAUUGACGAUAUCAUCAAUUGCUGGUCUGGGGACGAAAUCCGUAUUGCCCCGAUCGCCGUAGCAAAUAUCCAUCCUGUUUGUUCAAGCCACGAUUCUAGGCAAAUAAUCAUAGAUGGUAAUAAUCGGAUUACUACCCUGACCUUCCUCAAGUUCGUCUCUAUCUACGGACUCUCCAAUCUUGCGGAAGCCGAAGAUAAUCUGCGAGAGUACUGCCGAGACAGCGGAUUUGGACCAGUUUAUUUUGUCGACUUCUGCGCUGUGCUAGACACGCUGCGGAACAAGGCGGUGCAUAUAUUGAGCCAGCUCCAGACUGUUUUUGAUAUGGGACAUUUCAAGCAUAUUACGCAGGUGCCGUGUCUGGUUACGGAGGAGGCAUCUUUCAUCACCAAAGUGCUGGUCCAUGGAGAGGAGAUUGCACAGCCGAUUCAUCAGUCUGUUUUUGCGACAGAUGAUUUGCUUGUAGCGUUGCCGGCGAAAAUGCAAUGUCAUGGGCGGGCGAAGGGGUUCAAGGCUCUUCCAGUUAGGUAG